UCGAAGUCGCGGCCGAAGCCAGUGCUGUUUCUCUUCAUGGUGGUCGGGUAGUCGGAGCUACCUGAACACGUGCUCCCAUAGAUUACCCGUCGUAUAUCCGUGCUCGUUCGCGACUCGCAGGUCACGGCAACCAACGCUACCGGGCGAGUAUUAUAAAGAGCGAUGGGUAACGUGUUCGCUUCGAGUCCUUUAUCUCCCCCGACGGCCAUGGCCCCGGCACCUCCACCAUCGGUACCCGCGCCACCGGACCAGCGUGAGUUGUCACUUCAAGGCGACGGUGAAGUGCAUAACCCCGGUACACUAGAAGACCUCCAUAAAAAGUGCAAAGACAUAUUUCCCGCAAACUUCGAGGGAGGUCGCCUGAUGGUCAACAAGGGUCUCAGCAACCAUUUCCAGAUCAGUCAUACCCUCAACAUGAGCUCCAUAACGCCUUCCGGAUACAGAUUUGGAGCCACGUACGUGGGCACGCAGCAGUUUGGUCCGGCCGAGUCGUACCCGGUCCUGCUAGGUGACAUCGAUCCGAGCGGUAACCUAAAUGCGAACAUUAUUCACCAGUUCACACCUCGCGUUCGCACCAAAAUAGCGGCGCAAGUCCAGGACAACCGGUACGUUGCAACACAGUUGACCGCCGACUACCGGGGUCCAUCGUACACCGCAUCGGCCACGCUAGGCAAUAUUGACGUCUUGAACAAUUCUGGCGUCAUUGUGGCGCACUACCUUCAGAAUGUGCUUCCGAACGUGGCCCUCGGCGCCGAGUUGGCGUACCAGUACGGACCUCAAGUUCCGGGUGGCGAAAUUGCCGUCCUCUCGAUGGCGGGACGUUACACUGGCCCCAACUACAUAGUCAGUGGCACCUUGGGCAUGGCGGGCGCACACUGCUGUUACUAUCAUCGUGGCAGCGAGACUACGCAAGUGGGCGUUGAAGUCGAGACAAACUUCAGGGUGGGCGAAAGCGUCGCUUCUAUUGGCUACCAAGUGGACUUGCCCAAGGCGAACCUUGUUUUUCGCGGUAUGGUCGACAGCAACUGGACCGUGGGUGCAGUCCUCGAAAAGAAGCUGCAGCCACUGCCGUUCACCUUUGCCCUAAGUGGCAUGCUUAACCACGCGAAAAACCAAAGCCGAUUUGGUUGCGCACUUAUCAUUGGGUAGCACGUUUUUAGUGCAAGGGCAUGCUGUUUUUUGAACGAAGGCUUUAUGAUGGAAGUUCUGUGCAGGAAAUGCCUUCGUGCAAUUUCACAGUGGUCCCCCCCCCCCCCCCAAGAGUUGUUAUUACUAGGGUAGUUACUUUACAUUCAUUGUUCCAUAUGUAGCAGCCUAUUUUUUGCCGACCUGUGGAGGUGUACGACUAUGCGUAAAUGGACAAAUUUAUGUCUGAAUGUGUUGCUUUUUUUUUUACUAGUGGUCCAUAGCUGCAUAGCUGUAGGUAAUUUGAUCUUGGCGCUGUAUUAUUUCGUUUUCUUGAAUAAUGCGGACGAUGGCUGUUUCGGUAAAUGCCAGCACAGCUCAUGAUGUUGCAGUAAAUGCUAAUAUACAUGAUAAAGCCUUUUUUUAUCAGCAUUUAUUUGUAUGCAGAAUUUGCAGAGUCUGCUCUUCGUGUAGAUUCCAUCUGAAAACAAAAAAUGCAGUGGAAUUAGUUACAUGUCGACUACAGUCUGAAUAAAUGAUAUGAACAACAUUCAGACUAUUUCUUGCAUCUAAAACUAGUACUUACAGGGAAAACCUUGCAUAAUUGCAACUAAUUCAUUUACAUUACAUCACACAGCAACUGUUGCUUACACUAUUAAAUUAUGCCUCAUGUAGCGAGGCUCCUGCAAUUCAUACGCAUUUUGCUGUUACAUCUGUUGUAAGCUACCUUAGUUAAGCAUGCAUACAUGUUGAAAGCAAUUGCAUGAUUGCAUAUUUUCAGCUAGAAGCUUGACAUGUACUCUUCCAGAGGGAGAAAAAUUGCUCAAGCUUGUUGCUGUAUGUGCAUAUCACGUAUGAAUUCUCACUGUACAAUUUUUGCAAUAAUGUAAUACUGUGUAGUAUUACCUUUGUGUGCACGUUUUGUUAUACUGGACAGUAUUACCAAUGAUGCAAAAGUGUGACAGUCUCAUCGUCUCAGUGACAUUUUCUUUCGCUGUAUUAAAACCAAACCAGCAUUAGUAUGCACAUUGACCACUAUGUGCUCUAAUCAGAUGUUAUUUGAUGUAUGUGCUUUACACCAGUUACGAAUCAUACUACCACCAACAUACUGAUAAGAAUCAUUCAUGGCUGUUGCCAAGAGGAGGUGUCUUGGAAGGUCGUGCAAUGCUUCAUUCAGUUAGAUCAAUUCACUGACUGCUUUUAAAUAGCUCGAUGUCACAAAUGCGAAAACACGCUAGCACCAUUUUGAGCACCUCGUGCGACUUAACACUCGUACAUGACAGUAAUAACCUUGCAAAUUAAUGACGUCCCUGCUCUCCCUGGGGCUAGCUUGCACCACCAUUUUCUGCAAUGGACAUUUUUAAAAUCGGUGCCAUGUUACGCACUCUGCUGGAACACUGAAGUGGAUUGCUCCUAACCUGUAGAUAUGCUAAACCUUUGAAGAACUGUGUUUCAAUUGUCCGGGGCAAAAAAUAAGCGCAGUGACCUGACAUGUGCAGUUUUUUUUUUAUUGAAAGCAUAAACACUUGCAGUAGCAAGUUUUCAUGGAGCUGUACAUUCUAACACCUUUUUGUUGGGAAAACUUUGUGGAAGAUAACGAGAGAAUUCACACAUUCUAGCAACACUUCCUGGCCUACUAAAUGAAGCUGGAAACAUUAUAGGCCUGGGCCUAACAUCGUCUUCAUGAAGAUUUGACAACCAAGACGGCGUAGUAUCGGUGGAUGCUUCUUUGUCUCAUUGCGUCCCGCUUUCUAGUGACAUUUUUCCCAGGAUUCUGGCUUUUAGAGGCGCUCUGAAGUAUUCCUUCUGGGUAUACGCCUGUCGAGACAUGUGUAAUCCUGUAGUGAAAAAAAACAAAGUAGCCUAGCAAUCUCCAAUAGAUUACCAGGUGUUUAAGCUGAGCUGCUUAGUUACAUCAAUGACAUAUCAGCAAGAGGACAUUGAGAAUGUGUGCCAACUGAUGUCAAAAACGUAACCUAUGAGUUCUAUACAGUACAUAACACAUUUGCAAUACUAUAUUUUGUACUAUUUUUUAGACAAUAAUUGUGCACUUAUAAUUGUAAAAUGAGUACAUUAAAAAAUGACAGGCGGGAAAGGGGGGGGGGGUCUUGAAAAAUUUCCUGAGUGGAUGUCAAAUAGUCGAUAGCAAGCUAACUGUCCUGUGAGUGGAACAAAAAUUUUAAAAAGAAGUCGAUGCAGAGCACUACUUGCAGAAUGAACUUCAGUAAGCUUGUAUUCCUUCACACAGUUAAAUAUGAGCCACGACACUUCAUCAUGUGUGACUAGUAAUAGAAAGUUUUAGGGCUGCACAGGUGUAACUCCUCAAUAUGAAAGCAAGUGCAAUGAAGCAUUGAAAUUUUGCAAUGCAACACCUCGUUCCCUAAUGGUAGAGAUUUGUUCUCGUGUAAAGCUCCAUCUUGAGUGGUCAGAAGUGCACUUCAAGCUGAAUAAGGAACGAAUUGGCAUAUAACAACCUAGUGUUUG